CUGAGGAUGAUCCGCGUUAUUACCAGCUGAAGGCUCUACACAAGCCUCACUGAUGAACCAGCAGCCAGGGAUGAUGUACGUUGGUGAGAAAGGCUCUGGGAGGCGAUCGCCUCUGGCGGUGGGUUUGAUGUUCUGGAUCUUCUGCCUCGGGGUCUUGGUGGAGGCUAAGAGACCACCCAAAUGUCCUCUGACCUGUUCCUGCACUAAAGACAGCGCCUUCUGUGUUGGUUCCAAGGCAAUUCCACGGACCUUCCCGAUGGACGUUAUCUCUCUGACAUUUGUGAGUGCCAAAUUCACUCAGAUCCCAGCGGGGGCCUUUUCCCACUUGCCGACCUUGCAGUUCCUAUUGCUGAACUCAAACCAGUUCACUUAUAUCAAGGAUAAUGCAUUCUCUGGUUUAUCACACCUGCAGUAUCUCUUCAUAGAAAACAACGAGAUCCAGUCACUCUCCAAAGACACCUUCCAGGGUCUCAGAGCACUGACCCAUCUAUCUCUGGAGAACAAUAAGCUUCAGGCACUUCCAAGAGGCAUUUUCAAGGACCUCAGAAUUCUGACAGACUUAGAUCUUCGGGGCAACGCCUUCCACUGCGACUGUAAAGUGAAAUGGCUGAUUGAAUGGCUGAGGACCACCAACGCCAGCAUUGCCCCCGUGCAGUGUGCCAGUCCGGCCAAGUACCAGGGCCACAAAGUCUCCCAGCUGCCCAUCAAGGACUUUGCCUGCAUAACCACAGAGUUCAUUCUGUAUCAGACACUUCCUUUCCAGUCCAUUUCAGUGGAGCCCUUUGGAUUCGCUGAUGACCUCUAUGUUACCUUCGCACAGACUAACGGGGGGAACUGCACCUUCCUCAAAUGGGAUCACAUCGAGAUGGUCUUCAAGAGGUCUGAGAACAUCUCUGCUCGUGCUGCUGUCUAUUGCAAGCCCUUGGUGAUCGACGGGCAGCUCUUUGUGAUCGUAGCUCAGCUGUUCGGUGGCUCCCAUGUAUACAGGUGGGACGACUUUGGCGGCAAGUUCAUCAGGAUCCAGGACAUCGACGCCACCAAAACACGCAAGCCCAACGACAUCGAGACCUUUCAGAUUGAGGGCGAGUGGUAUUUUGUCAUCGCGGACAGCUCGAAGGCGGGGGCGACCACCAUCUACAAGUGGAACACGAACGGCUUCUACUCCCAUCAGUCGCUGCACGUGUGGCACAGAGACACGGACGUGGAGUUCGUGCAGCUGGACGGCAAACCCAAGCUGAUCGUCUCCAGCAGCACUCAGACGCCCGUCGUAUACCAGUGGAACUGGGCGCGGAAGCAGUUCGUCUACCAGAUGGAGAUCCCCGGCAUGUUGAAUGUUCAUGCGGUGAAGCACUUCAGGAUUAAGAGGGACAUGUACCUCUGCCUGACCCAAUUCAUCGGCGACUCCAAGGUGGUGAAGUGGGAGAAUCACAAGGUGACCACAAACCAGGUUCUCCCAUCUCGAGGCACUAUGAUCGCCCAACCUCUGCAGAUCAUACAGUGGCACUAUCUGGUUCUAGGCAGCGACUUCUCGCUGUCUACCAUUUACCUGUGGGACGCGGGCGAGAUGAAGUUCGCCAGGUUCCAGGACUGGAAUCUGCGUGCUCCGCGCUCCUUCAAGCUUGUGUCCAUCGACAACUUUGACCUGGUUCUGGCUUCCAGCUUUAAAGGGAACACCGUGAUCUACAAGCAUAAUAUCGUGGAUCUGAGCGCUUAAUGUGUUCGAUUCCCGGGCGGGGUGAAGCGUUAGGCAAGUCUGCUUAACAUUGUGACUGGCACACA